ACUGAAUUAGACCUGAAGCUCCGCUGCGCGUUUCUCCGCGACCGUGGAAUUUCAAGCAUCAGCGCGCGCGCAGCCUCGUCAAUUCACAGCAUCACCGACGUUGCUGCUCUUGGCGCUAUCAUCUUGCGGUUACUGCGGCUGCCAAACUUUCAGAGCAUAUCUAUCCCAUCAACACACGCGGUGUGCGCUCUCAUCAUAAUUUGGAACGAGUCACAGUAUUCUGGCGAUCUGUAGGGAUCGCAGUCUGAAAAGACGACACCAUGUCUGCGAUGAACGACCCUAGCUAUGCUGUGCACCGGGAUCUCCUCCCCCAUGUGCAUCUUCUGUCGACCCAUCGAUAUACCUUUAAGGCGCAUGUUCAGCCCAAUGAGGUCACGGCUUGGCUGAUGGAAGCUCCUAAAAUCGCACGCGACAUGGCGCCCUUCUUCUGGACGUACCUCGACAAGCCAACAAAUGGCCAGAUCCUACUUACUUGGCAACCUCUGCAGCAGAUGGGGACUCAUUUUUCCAGUGAUGGAUUCAUAUGGCCCCCCCAGGAGGCAUACUUCCCGCAUGAGAUUGGAAACGGCGUGACCCUUGAGAUGUAUUACCAUAAAGCUGGCUAUGCUCCUGGAGAACCCUUUGCGACGCACUCUCGACGGCGGUUUCGUUUAAUCCCUCCCAAUGCGCCCAAUCCCACUGCGCCUCAGGUUGAUCCAAGCCUUUGGAUCGUCCAUUACGGUCCCGUUGACAAUAAUGAGCGCAUACCAUCUCAAGCCAUCCCCGGCGACCGCCGCACUCAGACUAUUAUGGAAGCCCGUGGCUAUCUUCAAAAAUACGGUCAAAUCCAGCGCAAGGAGUUCAUCCUGGCCGAUAGAGGGAAUUGGCCACAAAUACCUUGGCCGAAAGAUGCAUCAAGACAGCCCAUGUUAUCCGCAAAUCGUGGUGUUCCUCAGAAUAUGGCAUACCCCCCGCAUCCUCCUACAGCUGGCGGUCCACCCUCUAAGCGUCCGCGGACUAGUCAGCCUGCUCAUGGCCAGCUGAAUGCUAUGGUUCCCACGGGGCUAUCUGAACUUGAAUUGCAGGAAGACACGUCUCGUGGUGAUCUAUUUGAUAUGCUAACCCCACGGGAUGUAAGUGUCAGCCGAUAUAAGCAGAAUCACGAAUGGAUGGAGGAAAUUCUGUCUUCAGCAUACAGAAUGGGUCAAAUUGGGUUUGCAGACUUGGGACUCGGUCUUAAAGGUGAGCUCGCAGGUCUAACAGAAGGCAUAUUCGAGGCACAGGGCGUGAAUACUAUCACAGAGGUGUCGACGAAGCCUGCCACGACACGCCUGGAUCCUGAAAAGGCCACCGAAUUCCGAAAACGAGUUAAUGAUAGGAUAGAGUCUACGCAAGCUGAGAUUGAGAAGAUGAAAAGCGACCAUGCCAAGCAAAUGGCGAAAUUCAAGCAAAAUUCGCUUCUCACUGUCUCCGAAAAGGAAUUGCGGAUAGCUGCUGAUGACACAAGUGUGGAAACAGUACGUCUUGAGGGUAAAGAAGAAAGUGAAGAGGGAUCAAAUCGCUGGCCUUCAAAGCAUCAUAAAAAGGUUGAUGAGAUUGUUUCACAAGUAGAAGCCCACCUCAGCCGUCGAGCGGAGGUUAUUCAUGAUUUAAGGAGAAUCCAUCAGGGAGGUUACCAGGAGCCUACUCCUGAGCCUGUCAUCCAAGAUAAUGUCCUACCAGCUUCAAUCGGUGAGGGGCCAGCCUCAGCCGCGAAUGGAAACAAUGCCAUGUCACGCCGGCCUUCACAUGCGGGUUCACAGCAGAGUGGGUUCAUGAUGGGUGAUUCUGAUAUCGACAUGGGUGGAACAGCAGCAGGACUUCUCGACCAGAUGCACACGAGUGCUUCAUCCCAUUCAACCCCGCAACCACCAAUGUCCGCCGUUGCUUCGAACGCUGCCACACCUGCAAAUCUUAAUAUUCCCUCACCUCACCCACCACCAUCACAUCAACAAGACAUCUCUGGUAAUCAAAAUACCGACAUCAAGAUGGAUGGAACUGAUGUAGUGGCGGCGGCGGAUCACGGUUCAGGCACUGGUGAUUGGGUUGUUGUGCCCAAAGGAGGGGUAACCCCGGAUGGAAACACGGACGCUAAUUCUAUCACCGGAGCUCCUAAGGCAGUGGGCUCUCCAAGCAAACAACCUUCAGUCAUCGGGACACCAUCAGUAGGGUUUAAUGGUGAUCACAAUGACUUCAGCUCAUUAGAAGACCUCAACUCAGCAGGUGAUGCCUUGGCAGGGUUCAGUGGAACACCUGGCGGGAUGAGUGAGGGACUAGAUCUGAACAUGGAAGAUUCAGCGUUUGGUGACGCUUUUCAUGGUGUAGAUACUCAAGGUGGUGAUGGUGAUACACCUGCGGACACUAACAUGUAGGGCAUGUAAGUGUGGUCAGGCGUUAUUACUCACAGUUGAACAAAUUCGGUUACGUUGGGAGUUUCGGUGAUUAACGUGGGUAAAUCUAAGAGGACUUGACCUCUUCGAAGGUGACCUGGUCAGGACAGUACUGGUUUCUGGAAUUUGUAUGUCGAGGUGUUAAGGAAAACAUCAUAUCACAAUGCAGGCACAGUGGCGAGGGCGAGGGGCCCUGAAUUGAACUAUACAGACUGCAUAUUACUUGUCCUAGCCUUAGACAUGCAAAGUUGUAGCAUCCUGGUUAACGGUUGUGCAUAAUCCUCUACUUUCUGUUGGAUUGGGGCCAAAGGCAAAUCACGCAUGGAUAGCUAUUAUGAAAGUUGUUAGUCUAGAUAGGUGCAAUAAAACCAUAGACACCAAUAGAUUAAGAGGAUGACACUACAGAAAA